GCCAUGGUUGUUGUAGCUUUACCUGCUGAGAACAGAGAGAGACCAGCAGGCCCAUUUUGGUCAUUUUCUAGAGAGAGAAAGAAGAGAGAGAGAAAGAAGAGCACCUACAAUCUUCAUUGUUGAGUUGUAAUCCCUGGUGUGGGUUUGCCAAUUUGAGGGACACCAAAACCAACCCAAAUUAUUUCACUUUCUCUUCUUCUUUCUCUUUCUUUCUUCUUAUGAACCCAUUUUUUCCUUUACCUUCUUCUUCCUUCUUGGCUUUCCUUCUUUGUCUCUAACAACAACUCAGAAUCUCUGAAACUUGUUUCAACAAUUCAUAAUGCCGCCAUUUUAGCACCUUCCCACCUCCCUUUUCUGCUCUGUUUCUUCUCUUCUACACCACUUUUCUCACUUCAUCUUACUCUGCCGCCGCCAUGUCCACCAAAUCUAAAUCUUCUACACCUGAAACUCCCAACAAAACAUCGCCUGCAACUCCUAGAGUGAGCAAACUUAAUAGAGGGCUUGCUAAAUCAGAUUCUGAUUCUCAUUCUCCUUUGCAAAGGUCUCGGCUCUCGAUCGACCGGUCCCCUCGACCUGCAACGUCGAAGCCUGCGGUCGAUCGUCAGCUGCCGAAAGUUGCUACCCCACCUGAUAAAGCACAGCCUCGUGGUACCAAAGUUGCUGAGAUACAGGCUCAGCUAAAUGUGGCUCAGGAGGAUCUGAAGAAGGCAAAAGAACAGAUAAUUUUGGUUGAAAAUGAGAGAGAAAAGUUGAGCAAUGAAUUGAAAGAAGCACAGAAAUCAGCAGAGGAGGCGAAUGAGAAGCUCAAGGAAGCUCUGGUGGCGUGCGGUCGAGCUGAAGAGAGUUCCGAGAUCGAAAGGUUCCGAGCGGUUGAGAUGGAGCAAGCUGGACUUGAGGAAGCACAUAAGAAAGAAAUGGAAUGGCAGAAAGAGAUGGAAGCUGUGAGGAGCCAACAUGCUUUAGAUGUUGCAGCUCUCUUGUCCACGAGUCAAGAGCUUCAAAGAGUGAAGAUGGAGUUGGCUAUGACUACCGACGCUAAGAACCAGGCGUUGAGCCAUGCUGAUGAUGCGACGAAGAUCGCCGAAAUUCAUGUCGAAAAGGUCGAGAUUCUCUCUGCUGAGCUAACUAGAUUGAAAGCAUUGUUAGACUCCAAGCUCGAAACACAGUCGAAUGAGAAUGGACAAUUGAUAACGAAGCUUAAAUCAGAGAUUGAAUCUCUGAAUUUGGAGCUUCAGAAAGCAAAAUCAUAUGCAGAGAAGGUUAAGGAGCAAGACGCUUCAAUCGAGCAGCUUAAUAACGAACUAAAAUCUGCAAAAACAGCGGAAGCGUGCUACGAGGAAACGAUCACGGCGAAAGAGGCUUCCAUUGAACAGCUUAAUAUCGAUUUAGAAGCAGCAAAGAUGGCUGAGACAUACGCACAUGGGUUAGUAGAAGAAUGGAAAAACCGAGCCGAGGAUCUAGAAACACAAUUGGAGAAUGCCAACAAGCUCGAACGAUCGGCAUCGGAAUCUCUCGAAUCAGUGAUGAAACAAUUGGGACACAACAAUGAUCUAUUGCAUAAUGCAGAGCUUGAGAUUUCAGCUCUAAAAGAACAGGUAGGUUUGCUGGAAAUGACUGUUAAAAGACAGAAAGACGACAUGAAAGAGUCGGAGCAGCAUCUUCAUCGUACGAAGGAAAAAACAUCAGAAAUGGAGAAGUUGGUCGUGUCACUGAGGUCUCAGCUGGAAACUGUCAUGGAAGAGAAAACUCAAGCUUUGAAUAAUGAGAAGCUUGCAGCUUCAAGUGUACAAAGGCUAUUGGAAGAGAAAAACCAGCUCUUAAAUGAGUUAGAAACCUCCAAGAAUGAGGAAGAGAAGAGCAAAAAGGCUAUGGAAAGCUUGGCGUCUGCAUUACACGAGAUCUCAUCCGAGGCGAGGGAAACCAAGGAGAAGCUGUUGUCUACUCAAGCCGAGCACGAAAACUACGAAUCCGAGAUAGAGAAUCUUAAGAUGGUCUUGAAAGCUACAAACGAGCGAUUUGAAAGCAUGCUCGAAAACUCAAACCACGAGAUCGAUAUUCUAACGAGGAGUGUUGAGGAAUCGAAGCACGAAUUCGAGAUGUCGAAGGCUGAAUGGAAUGAGAAAGAGCUUCACCUGGUGGAUGCUAUGAAGAAAUCAGAAGAAGAGAACUCUUACUUAGAAAAGGAAAUAGAUAGGCUUGUGAAUUUGCUUAAACAUACUGAGGAAGAUGCUUGUAAGAUGAGGGAAGAAGAAGCUCAGCUAAAGGAUAGCUUAAAGGAAGUAGAAGCGGAAGUGAUCUAUUUGCAGGAGGCGCUCGGAGAAGCGAAAUCCGAGAGCGUGAAACUGAAGGAAAGCUUGCUAGACAAAGAGAACGAGUUGCAGAGCGUUCAUGAAGAAAACGAGGAGCUUCAAACUCGGGAAGCUGUUUCUCUUAAGAAAGUUGAGGAAUUAUCCAAGUUGUUUGAGGAAGCUUCUGCUAAAAUGCAAACCGUAGAGAACGGUGAGCCAACAGACAGCGAGAAGGACUACGAUUUACUACCGAAAGUAGUCGAAUUCUCCGAAGAGAACGGUAAACGACAGGAAGAGAAGAACAAAGUGGAGCCAUUGAUACCCAUUGAACAAGAAGAACACAAAUUUGAGUUUCCAUGGGUAGAUAACGGUGCUGAUUCAGUCGACAAGACAGAGAAAACGGACUCGGAAACAACGGUUCCAAACGGAAUCGACAAACCGAAAGAAGAAGAGAAAAAAGACGAGUCAGUUCAAGUUGAAUACAAAAUGUGGGAGAGCUGCAAGAUUGAAAAGAAAGAGUUCUCACAAGAGGGAGGAGACCAACAAGAACACGAAUCCAUUGAUGACGAAGGGGACUCGAAAGCAGAGGGCGGAGAGAGUUUCGAUCGGAUAAACGGGGUAAGCUCAGAAAAUGUAGAGGAUGGUGGAAACUCGCCGUCGAAGCAGGCGCCGCCGCAGCAGCAGCAGCAGGAACAGAAGAAGAAGAAGCCAUUGCUGAAAAAGUUUGGAUAUCUUCUGAAGAAGAAGAACAGCGUGAACCAGAAACAGUGAUGAUAUAGAUAGUAAUUUUGAGGUGAAUUGGUUUGGUUAUGAUAUUGUUUCUGUUCUGAUGAUAUUCUGAAUAGAGUUUCUUGUAUGUUAUUGGGAUAUUUGUUUUGUUCAUUGUUUUAAUGCCUUCCUUCAUUACUGAUCUUAGAGUUUAUGAAAAGGAGUGAUUACUUGAGCUUGUAUCAUCAUCAUCUUCAUCUUCCAUCCAUUAUACACAUUCUUUGUUAGCUCUU